AUGAGCGGCGUCGAAAAGGGAAACGACGUCGAGAAGACGGAUCUCGGCUACGAUGCCUCUGCAGCUCCCACCAAGGACAUGGGCGUCGGUGAGGAUCGUCACAUUCGCGGUCUCGAGACCAGCGCUGAGACGUCGCUGCACCGAGGUCUCAAGGCCCGUCACAUCACCAUGAUUGCCAUCGGUGGUGCGAUCGGUACUGGUCUCAUUGUCGGCACUGGCAAGGCCCUGGCGCAAGCUGGCCCUGGCUCUGUCUUUAUCUGUUAUACGCUCGUUGGUUUCGUCGUCUUCCUCGUCAUGGCUGCGCUUGGUGAGAUGGCCGCUUGGCUCCCCAUGUCUGCUGGUUUCACUGGUUAUGCUUCUCGAUUCUGUGAUCCCUCUCUUGGUUUUGCGCUUGGUUGGACUUACUGGUUCAAAUACAUCAUCGUCACGCCCAAUCAACUCACUGCUGCUGCGUUGGUCAUUCAAUAUUGGGUUGAUCGAGACACGGUCAACCCAGGUGUCUUUAUCGCCAUCUUUUUAGUCACCAUCGUUGUCAUCAACUAUUUCGGCAUUCGAUUCUUCGGUGAACUCGAGUUCUGGCUUUCCUCGUUCAAGGUCAUCGUCAUUAUUGGAAUCAUCCUCUUCUCUCUGGUCCUCGCUCUUGGCGGUGGUCCUGACCAUGACCGAAAGGGUUUCCGAUACUGGAGCAACCCUGGCGCCUUCAAGCCUUAUAUCAUGACUGGCGACGCUGGACGAUUCCUCGGUUUCUGGUCCUGCAUGGUCAACGCUACCUUUGCCUACCUCGGAACUGAGCUCGUCGGUGUGACAGUCGCUGAGGCCCAGAACCCCCGCAAGACCGUCCCUCGCGCCAUCAAGCUGACCUUCUACCGAAUUCUCUUCUUCUACUGUCUUUCCGUCCUCCUCGUCGGAAUGAUCGUCCCCUACAACUCUGAGGAGCUUGCCUUUGCCAACAAGGCCAAGACCGGUGCUUCUGCCUCUCCCUUCGUCGUCGCUGCCGAUAUCGCCGGUGUCAAGGUCCUCCCUCACAUCGUCAACGCUUGUAUCUGCGUCUUCGUCUUCUCCGCCUCCAACUCUGAUCUGUACAUUGCUAGCCGUACCCUCUACGGUCUUGCUUCCGACGGUUCGGCUCCUGCUAUCUUCAAGAAGACUGACAAGCAUGGUGUUCCCAUCUACGCCCUUGCCAUGUCUGCUUCUUUCUGUCUCCUGGCCUUCAUGAACGUUGCCGACGACUCGACCAAGGUUUUCGGUUACUUUGUCAACCUCACCACCAUCUUCGGCCUCAUGUCCUGGAUCUCUAUCCUCACGACUCACAUUUGGUGGUGCCGCGCCAAGAAGGCCCAGGGUCUCGCCAACGAAGCUCUUCCCUACGUCGCCCCCUUCGGCAUGUGGGGAUCCAUCGCUGCUCUGUCCAUGUGCAUUCUCAUCGCUCUCACCAAGAACUACGACGUUUUCGUCAGGGAUCAAGAGACCGGCAAGAUCUUUGGUGGUGAGAAGUACAAGACUUUCAUCACUGGUUACCUUGGUAUUCCCGUGUACCUGAUCCUCAUCUUUGGCCACAAGUUCAUCACCAAGUCUCGCGGUAUCAAGCCCCAUGAGGCCGACUUCUACACUGGAAAGGAUGUCAUUGAUCGUGAGGAGGAGGAGUUCUUGGCUGCUCAGGCCGCUAAGCGUGAGGCUGAGGGCCCCAACCGUGGAGGAUGGUUCUACAAGACCUUUGUCUCUUGGUUGUUCUAG